AUGGAACAGGAAGGUCAGCACUAUCAACAACAUGCAAAAGCCAACGAAAAAGUACGUGAUCUGAUGCCAGCACGCCUGCAACUGAAACUGGAUGAGAAGCUCGCGGAGAUCAGAGACGAAUACAAAUCGUUUAGUGAGCAAAAAGACCUAGCCUGGAACCUGGCCUACGCGGAGGGUUUUGAAGCCUACACUGCAGCUGGUGCUCGUGCACAGAUGUCUGAGCGGGUAUUUGAUUAUAUGAAAGACCCGAUCAGGGAUCUGAUGCUAUGGCAUAUCAUGGAAGAAAUGGAACACCGCACAGUGGCAUUCGACGUUUUUGAAGCCCUCUGCGGCAAGUACUGGUAUCGCUUACGUGUUGGUUUGUGGGCACAAAAACACUUCACCAGUCUGGGUGCAGAACUUACCCAACUGAUGAUCGAAGCGUUCCCAGAUUUGAUUGCACAACACCAAAACAGCAAAGCGAGGCAUAUUCGCGAACAAAACUUCAAGCGCUAUCGCAAAGAAGACACUAUGCAGACUGAUACAUCGCAAACUAAAUCUAGCGCUUUACCGAUUGUGCCGCUCACCGGCGCCGCAGAAGCACUACACAUCGGUAACGACGACACACCCUUUGUCGACAUUGGCGAUGGCACACUAAUCCAGUUGCUGCUCGCUGACCUGACCCAGAACAUCUGGGCAACACGCAAUCGCAUGCAGCCAGGCACAAGCGUGAUUACCCACUACCACACCGGACCCGUUUACGCUUUUACUCUGCAGGGACAGUGGUACUACAAAGAAUAUCCCGAGACAGUUAACGGUCCAGGCUCAUUUCUAAUGGAGCCAUCCGGCUCAGUGCACACCUUGACCAUUCCCGAAGAUCAAACAGAAGAAACCAUUGUCUGGUUCCUGAUGCACGGCACGAAUAUCAACAUUGAUGCUGAGGGAAAUGUUGUCUCUAUUGCUGAUGCGCACAACGUGUUAAAAGGCUAUCGCCUGCUCUGCGAGCAACAGAAAGUGAGUCAUCACAACGUUAUUGACUAUCUGAAUCAAGCGCUGCAGGCUGGUGCGGACAAAACAGCUUUGGAUCGCGGGAUCGUUCUGGGACACGAAUUUGUCGGAAAAAUUGUCGCCUUUGGUGAGGGUCCUCGAGGUGAUCUGCGCAUCGGCCAGCGGGUGUGUUCAACUCCUUUUCUGCCCAACAGACUGGCAGAUAUUCCUAUGGGCGCUACUCCUUGGCUUGACGGAGCAUACGCCGAAUAUUUUUUGUUAGACGAAUCCCUGCUGAUCCCGAUUCCUGAUCACAUCGACACCCAAACUGCGGCUCUGGUUGAGCCUCUGGCUAUUGGCCUUCACGCCGUCAACCGAGCAGACCUGGUAGUCGACCCGGACUGCAUUGUUAUUGGUUGUGGUCCGAUUGGACUUGCCGUCAUCACAUCACUUGCAGCUAGAGGCAUCACAAACAUCAUCGCUGCUGAUUUUUCUGCUCGUCGACGCGAUCUGGCUUCAACCUUAGGCGCUUCCGCCACCACGGAUCCAAACAAAAUGUCUGUAUUUGAUGCCUUGCCAGGGGACCUCAGGAGACCUGUAACGGUGUUCGAGUGUUCCGGUGCAAAUAGUAUGAUUCGAUUCUGUACGGACAGUGCGCCACCAAAAUCAGAAAUCAUCAUGGCCGGUAUCAGUCAUGGUGAAGAGACGUUUGUACCCGCAACCGCAAUCAGCAAAGAACUCUCCCUACAUUUUGUCAGUUUUUAUACCACCGAGGAGUUCCAAAACGCACUUGAUCUACUGGGCAGCGGGAAAGUGGAUUCGAACAAAUGGAUCACCGGCAAAGUUGGCCUCGAUGAAGUGGCGGAAGCGUUUACUGCACUGACAACGAUGGAACACCACACCAAAAUUCUGGUGGCGGUAAAUUGCUUCUCGCUAAAGCAGGUCUUCCGCAACGAGGUGCGCGAGUUUCUGCGUACCCAUGAAGACCAGGCACCACACAAUGCCGGCAUGCGCAGCCCGGAAAUGCUGGCCUGGCAGAAGCUGUUGAUUGAACACGGCUACGCCGCACGCACAAUACCCAAAGAAUAUGGCGGUUUCGGCGGCACACCGAACAUCAUCCAGAGCCGCAUCAUCGGCGAAGAGUUUUCUGAAGCACGGGCAAAUGCCGGCCUCGGCGGACAGGGCAUCUCCAUGCUGGUACCCACGCUGCUGGAGAUGGGCACCCAGGAACAGAAAGAACAAUUUAUCAAACCCACCAUUCACGGCGAAAUGGUCUGGUGUCAGGGGUAUUCCGAACCUGGCGCAGGCUCAGACCUUGCGUCCCUGACCACCAGCGCCACCCUUGAUGGUGACGAAUGGGUCGUUAACGGUCAGAAAAUCUGGACCAGCACGGCACAGCUGGCAGAUUGGAUUUUCUGCCUGGUCAGAACCGAACCCGACGCCCCCAAACACAAAGGCAUUUCAUUCCUGCUGUUCAAAAUGGAUACCCCGGGCAUAGAAAUUCGACCAUUGGUUGAUAUGACCGGUGCAGCAAACUUCAACGAGGUAUUUUUCACAGACGUGCGUGUGCCCAAACACCAGAUUGUAGGUGAACGCGGCGAAGGCUGGAUGGUCGCCAAUGCCAUUCUCGGCCACGAAAGAGACUCACUGGGUAACCCAAACGUUACUCUGACGCGGUUAAACGCGCUGAUUGAACUGAUGAAAACGGAAACCCUCAAUGGCGAGCGCUUGAUCGACAACCCGGUUUAUCGUGACCGAUUGAUGCAGUUACAGGGCCGCGUCAUGGCCAUGCGGUUUAACGACUUGAGAGUAUUGUCCUCCCGGCUUAACAAGGGGCAGGACGCAAGCCUUGCACGCAUGAUUGUGAAACUGCAGGGCACCGAACUGCGGCACGAUCUGGAAGGCAUGGCCAUCGACAUCAUGGGUGAAAUCGGCCUGUCUUAUGAAGACAACCCUUAUACCCGUGCCGGAGGCAGCUGGCAGAACCAGUACAUGUACUUUCUCGGCCUGAUCAUUGGCGGCGGUACCUCGCAGAUACAGAAAAACAUCAUCAGUGAGCGAGGUCUCGAUAUGCCUCGCGAACCGAAAAUCGAAAAGACCAAGUAG